ACCCCCGCAACCACGAGCCCCGCAUGGUGGCCAUCCUUUUCUCCACAGGUAGAUUGCCAUCUCGUGUGGUUUCAGCUAUAACGCUUUGACGACGAUGACUUGUGCUCUUCUGGAACCCGGUUUGACGCCACUUCGUCUUCGAUCGGACUGUUUUGAGGUGUAAUCUAGGAGGUAUCAUCUGUGUUUUUUGAUCUUGACUACCUUGGGGAUUAAGUUAUUUUGGCUAGUCUGGUGCGGCGGCUGCCAUGGUGAGGAGGGGAGGACGAAAGGGGCUUCUCUGGGGUACUGCGGUGUUCUUGCUGCUUCUUGGGUUUGUGAGACCCUUCGUGGCUCUGAGGCCUCUCAAGGAGAGGGUUUCGUCUGCCGCCGAUUCUUGGGGUGAAGAGCUUUUCCUUAGGAGAGAUGAAAAUGAUUUGAUUUCCUAUUCUGCCUGGAAUAUUACUGGGACUUAUAGAGGAAGGUGGAGCUUUUUAGAUGCUACAAAUGGUUCCACUAGAUUUCUAGAUUUUGGUAAGUCUAGUGGUGUAUCAGUUGUGGAGUUGGUGAGUAGUCCAACAAGAAUACAUGGUGUACAUUACAUUCAGGGAGCAGUUACAUUCCAUGAUGUAUUUGACAAUGAGCAUGAUCAUGGAGUUGCUCAGAUGAGACUUGAAGGUGUAUAUAUUUGGCCUUUUCAAAAGCUUCGGAUGGUAGCAAACAGUGUUGCAAAUGAUGAAUCAAUUCAAGAGGAAGAUUACUUCUUCUCCAAUCCAUAUAAUCUGCUUGGAGUCUUCUCUUCACAAGUUUUUCAAGAAUCUACUCGAGAUAAAAUCCGAAGAAAUAAAUCUCUCACUUAUGACAUGGAGAAGCACUGUCACGUAGAGAUAGCUGCCCAGGUUUCACGUAUAUCGUCUAACCAAAAUGAUGGGAAUCAUGAUCUUUACCAUCUAGAGGGGUUAAUGGAGGGUCCAGCAACAGAUGGUGAUGGAGAGUGCUUCUCCUCCAUUUUGUUAAAUGCAACUUCUGUGAAUAUUGAGGUCUACUACAACAAAGCAGUUAACUAUACAUUGAUGGUUACUUUUAUAUCAUUUCUCCAAGUUCUUCUGCUGAUUAGACAAAUGGAGCAUAGCAAUACUCAAUCUGGUGCUGCUAAAGUUUCUAUUAUAAUGAUUGGACAACAAGCUGUUAUGGAUGCAUAUCUGUGCCUUCUGAAUUUAACUGCUGGAAUAUUAGUAGAGUCCCUAUUCAAUGCUUUUGCGACAGCAGCUUUCUUCAAGUUUGUUGUUUUUUCGAUUUUCGAGAUGAGAUAUCUUCUUGCUAUAUGGAAGGCGAGUAGACCUAUGCAUAAUGGUGAAAACUGGGAAACUAUGAGGCGUGAGCUAUCUGUUCUUUAUAGCCGUUUCUAUGGCAUUCUUUUAGGAGGCAUUCUGGUACUAUACCAAAUGCACAAUUUCUUGCGUCCUAUUCUCCUCAUUAUGUAUUCAUUUUGGAUACCACAAAUAGUAACUAAUGUUAUUCGGGAUACAAGAAAACCCCUGCACCCACAUUAUAUAGUCGGGAUGACUCUCACUCGCCUUGCUAUACCAUUGUACAUAUUUGGUUGCCCAAGCAACUUUUUGCGUAUUGAGGUUGAUGAAUAUUGGUGCAUAUAUUUGGGAGUAUUUAUGGGUUUGCAAGCAUCAGUUCUACUACUGCAGCAUUAUCUUGGAUCUCGAUGCUUCAUUCCUCGACAGAUCCUCCCUGAAAAAUAUUGCUAUUAUAGAAAAUUUGAGAAUGCAUCUCAAGAGACAGAUUGUGUCAUUUGCAUGACUGCCAUUGACUUCACACAGCAUUUGAAUGGCUAUAUGGUGACACCUUGUGAUCAUUGCUUCCACUCUGGAUGCUUACAGAGAUGGAUGGAUAUAAAGAUGGAAUGCCCAACUUGCAGGCGCUCUCUGCCCCCAGCAUAGAACUCGCGCUGUUCAAGUUCCAUGAGUAACUCUCAGAUCUUGCAUGACAUCAUCCUGUGGACCAGUUGGCAAAUGAGGCCUUCCUCCUGUAUGUAACAAUAAGAAUGUGGAAAACAGAGCCAUUAUUUCCAUUGGAAAAAGGAAAAAAAAUUAAGAAAUGUAGCAGUGUGUAGUCCAACUAUAGAGCAGAGAGAGACAGAGAGACAGAGAGAGAGCUAAAUUAUAUGUGCAUUUAUUUUCUAAAGUUUACUGUUGAAGACUUGGAAGAUCAAGAUUAUGGUUAGCCCCCUGAAAUGUACAGAUCUUUCACCAUGGUGUCAAAGAUAAUUGUAUGACAUCUUUUUUCCCUUGUCAUCAUGAUAUUGUUCAAUUAUAUAUACAACAUUGCUCUGA